AUGAUUCCUUCCCUGACUGCCUUGGCUCUCCGCCUUCUGGUCACUGUGGCUUUGGGCCAGACAUUCCAAUUUCAAGAACAUGUCUUUCUCCAAUUUCUGGGCUUAGACAAAGUGCCUUCACCCCAGAAGUUCCAACCUGUGCCUUCUAUUUUGAAGAAAAUUUUCUGGGAUCGAGAGGCAGCGGCAACCAGUGGGGACUCCCAAGAUUUAUGCUACAUAAAGGAUCUUGGUACCCGUGGGAACAUACUGAGACUUCUCCUGGAUCAAGGUCUCUUUCUUUACUCCGAGAAACUUGCUCAAGCCUCCUGCCUACAGAAGCGGCUCUACUUUAACCUGUCCGCCAUUCACGAUAAGGAGCAGUUAACAAUGGCCCAGCUCAGCCUGGAUUUGGGGCCCAACACUCACUAUAAGCAGGGACCAGAACUGGAGUUGGCUCUGUCCCUGGUUCAGGAGCCUCACGUGUGGAGCCAGUCCACCCCCAAACCAGGUCCCCAAAUCUGUCCUCCUGAUGAGGAGAACAAAGACAAGAGAAAUGUAGCCAAAAUUAAAUCUCCUUACAGCUUGCAGCCCACUGACCUGAGACAUGCAGAGCGUGACCUUCCUCAAGGAGCUCGUGGUUGCCUAAAGCCUUGA